CGAAAUAAGGCUUACGAUGAGACUCAUCCUCACCUCAAGGCCUCGGCUUGUCAGGUUUAUGACAUGAGCUACUAUCUUGGACUAUCUUAUUCAGGCCCCUAUGGUGAUGGAUCCACGCCUCAUAAAACAGAUCGAUUGAUUGCUUCUCUCCAUCGCACCGCAAAUCAGAUUGACCAGUUGCUUCUCUCGCCUGCGCUAUCAUCUCUUCUCUUCUUUUUAGUUCUCAACAGAUCGAUCAGUUUCUUUUGCCUGCGUAUCAAAUCGAUUUCAUCAACAACUUCAUCCAUAGCCGCCGACUCGCCGAGUUGCCGACGACUCCACCGCAAGCACGCCGCAGUUUGACCAGGUUGAGGCUAGAGUCCUACUACCUGCACCUUUGCCUAGGGUGAUUGAUCAAGAAGGAAGACGUGCAGGAUUCAUCUAAGGUUAACAAUCACCAAGACUGGCAAAAUAAGGAUUUCAUGGUACAAGUAAUUACUUGCAACAUAAACAUUUAUAUUAUUGGCAAAAUUGUGGGAAAGCAUGUCUCACAAACACAUAAAAUCAAUGGCAACAACAAAAGAGAGUAUCGAUUUACUGAAGGACCUUUCGAGUGAAAGCAAGGAUAUGGAGACUUGGACAUAGACGCGAUCAAAGAAUAAGGCUGGAUGAUUGAGGGCGAAGGAUUGUAGGUAGAUUGAACUUGGCGAUUCAAUGUAGAAGAAGAGGGGCAGAGAGCAUCGUAUCAACCGAUGUCUCUCCGUAUGUUACAGGAUUUGUACGGAAAAUGGUGGCUUUGGAGAUAAAGAGUUUAAAUACCAUGAGUUAGGGUUUGCCAUUUGGGUUGUGGGUUGGGAGAUUAAAAAUUG